AUGGUAGUCUUGAGUAAAAGAAAAGAAAAGAUUAAUAAGGAGCGUACAAAAUUAACAGAAACAAUCUAUCCAACUUACCAGGGCAUUGCAAGUGAUGUAGAAAAGAGAUUAAAUCUAUUACAAGAGGAAUAUGAAAAUCUCCUGGCAGCCAUAACAAAACAAGAAGAAAUUUGGCACAGAGAAAUUACUGAACUGGUCAAUAAACUUAAAUCUAGAGCUGAAGAAAUGAAAAAGGAACAAUUAAAAACUCUCCAGAAACAUUUUGAUGAAAUAAAGCAGAAGAACUCCGACAUCAAGGAUGAUAUCAAUUCAACCAAUGAUACUUUAAAUUCAACAAAUAUUUCUGAAGUGUUCAGUUUUUUGUCUCAAGUGGAUAGAUACAGAACUCUUCCAAAGAAAAUCGUGUUUGGUGUCCCUGAAUUUUCUCCCAAUAAAAUACAGGAAGAUCAAUUGUAUACUUUUAUGCCUGGUGUUUUAAAAGAGGAUGAAUAUAAAUUCAACAUGACAAAAUCAGAGUCACCAGAUGCUGCAUCCUCUCCUCCAGUUAAACAGCUGAUUGAUGAACCAGAGACUGUCACCACCAUAAAAAUAGAUUUGUCCGAUAAUACGCGUACAAAUCCGGGACACCACAGCGUGGUUUGUCUGAAUAAUGAAAAAAUCUGGACAAGUGGAGGUGACAGCACCAUGAGACUCUACAGCAUUAAUCAGGGAUCACUACUCAAGUCAAUCACAACCAAGCCAUGGAAACGCCCAAGGGAUAUAUCACUGACAAAAAGUGGAGAUCUAGUUUAUUGUGAUGGAAAUGUGAACAUAGUGAAGAAUGAGAAAAUAGAGGAGGUGAUCAGACUAAAGAAAUGGAGACUUAGCGGUGUUUGUAUAACCUAUCAAGGGGACUUGCUGGUUACUAUGCAUGAUAAUAACAAGCAAUCCAAGGUUGUCCGUUAUUCUGGCUCCACAGAGAAACAAACUAUUCAGUUUGAUGAGAUGGGUACACCUCUUUUUUUAUUUGGUGAUUAUAUCUGUGAGAACAGAAACCUUGAUAUCUGUGUGUCUGACAGUGGAGCUAAAGCAGGAGUGGUGGUCAAUCAGGCCGGGAAACUGAGAUUCAGGUACUCUGGACAUACUCCUGCUCCAAAGAACAAACCAUUCAGGCCACAAGGUAUCACCACAGACAGUCAGAGUCACAUCCUAACAAAUGAUUGUAACAAUGACUGUGUCCACAUUAUAGACCAGGAUGGACAGUUUCUACGUUACAUUGACUGUGGACUGAGUGAACCCUGGGGUCUGUGUACAGAUACAAAUGACAAUCUGUUUGUUGUUCAGGAAAGAAACAGACAAGUGAAGAAAAUCAAAUAUCUUAAGUAA